GACCCUGUUGCGAAACAUCGACGACUCGCGUGUUUUGCUUCGCGAAGGAGCACAGUGUAGUAUAAACUGAAGAAAUCAUGAGUAAUCCUACUCGAUGGGGUGUUGUUGGAGCUGGUCGUAUCAGCCAUGAUUUCGUUGUCUGCCUGCGUAGCAUGUCGCCAGAAGAGCACAAGGUUGUAGCUGUUGCAGGAAGGAACUUCGAGAAGGCUAAACAGUUUGCAGACCUCCACAGCAUCAGCAAAGCGUACUCCAGCUACGAAGAGCUGGCGUUAGACCCGGACGUUGAGGUGGCGUACGUGGGCAGCCUGCACCCCGACCACUAUGCAACUUCGCGCAUGCUGCUGGAGAGCGGCAAGCACGUGCUCUGCGAGAAGCCGCUGACCAGCAGCCGAAAAGACACCGAAGCCUUAUGCGAGGUGGCCAAGGAGAAGGGGCUCUUCCUCAUGGAGGCGCUGUGGAGCCGUUUCCUGCCGACGUACCGGCGUUUGCAGGAAGAGCUGGAGCGAGGUUCUAUCGGCGAGCCACGCUACGUUCACGUGACCGCAGGCUACCCGAUGCAAGGGCUGCAACGGGUGUUCCGCAAGGAGUUAGGCGGCUCCGCAGUGCUGACCAUGGGCGCGUACACCACAAACCUCAUCCUGCAGGCUUUCGGUCCGGAGUUUCCGGUUAAAAUUACCGCAAGCGGAGACUUCACCGAUGAAGGUGUGGACACUGUCGUUGCCGGCACAGUGAUGUUCAGCGGUGGGCGCCUUGCCACUUUCGCAAUGUCAUCUAUUUUUAACAUGCCAUCGACAGCAGAUAUCGUCGGAACAAAUGGAACCAUUACAUUGGAUCCGCCGAGCCCGUCUCCGAGAGGAAUGCAGACGCCGGCUGGACGGAUGGACUUUCCCUUCCCGCCUGUCAGCAUGCCACUAAUUUACGAAUUCAGCGCGGGACUUCGCUAUGAGGCUGAAGAAGUCAGAAGCUGCUUGCUUCGAGGUGCCAAGGAGAGCCCGCUAAUGACACACAAAGACUCGAUCCUUAUUGCGUCCGUUUUGGAUGAAAUUCUUAAACAGAUUGGUGUGAAGUACUAACUUCGCGGACUACCGCAUAAACCUCUGCAAGUCAUAAAUGGAUCGCUGUAGAGGAAAGAGUCAAACAAAAUAAUAAAUUUCAUUGGAAAAGGA